AUGGUCAUGAUGCAGGCCCAACAGACGCAUGAAGCGAAAGAUGCGGCCUUCGAAGGAGGCCCCAUUCAGAACUUGGGCAAGCCAAUUACUCUGAUAAGACAGAAAGCUUCCAAAAGGCUGUAUACGAUGAGGAGAAUUAAACGAACGGAGCCUUUCGUUCUAUCUCCUGCAGCGAAGGACAUUCAUCACCCGUUCAUCACACAUCUCGCAUUCACAAACGAAGUCCCUAACAACCUGUACCUUGUCUCCCCUUUUGUCAGCGGCGGACACCUAUUCACUCAUCUGCAGCAACCUCGGCAAUUUGACGUUGACACAAGCAGAUUCUAUGCGGCCGAAAUCGUUUGCGCAUUGGAGUACCUACAUACUCAAGACAUAUUCUGUUGGGUCAAAGCUGAAAACGUUAUGCUUGAUUCAUCAGGUCACAUCACGCUAUGUGGCUUUGGAAUUUUCCGACAGCGCGAUGGCACGCAUCGAGACUGGAAAAAGCCAGAGUAUCCCGCCCCAGAAGUGCUUACUAAUGGCAAGUACAGCAAGGCCGCCGAUUGGUGGACACUCGGCAUAUUCCUAUACGAAAUGCUCACGGGCUUGCCGCCGUUUUAUAGCGAUGUGGUCGAAGACAUACGCGAUAACAUCAUAUCAAAAUCGCUGCAUCUGCCCGAGUCAGUGCCUCCACACGCAAAGGACAUCUUGGUGGGUCUUCUUCAUCGGGAUCCUGAGCGACGAUUAGGUGCCAGCGAGGUGUCUGAGGUCAAACAACACGCCUUUCUUAAGGAUUUGGACUGGCAGGAGAUAAUUGAGCGUAGAACAAAGCCUCCAUUUCAACCUGGAUAUUGCGCGGAAUGUUUUGAGCCUUCUGGCGUCCAUUAUCUGUGUAAUCACGAACGUGGGCAGUUUGAGGAACCUCCCACCGCUGAGACUUUCUUGGGUUUCGAUACGCAUAGUCUUUCUGGGCCCGGGAAUAAGGCACAGGAUGUAAAUCCUGGAACUGCAGUGGCCGUGGAAGAGAAUAUCAACACGUCUGCAGUCACGAGUCCUGAUAUUGAGCUCGAAACACCCGAACAGAUACGCGCAGCACUAGAGGUAGCGUUGAAGUCUGACCGGGAAGACAUCGUCGGGCACCUCCUCGAAUCGAACAUAGACCUCAGUGCACCCGUCUUCAAACACCCGAGCGAGCGUACAACCGUGCUGGAAUGGGCCGUUCGCCACGGAAGCCUCAACAUGCUGGAACUAGUUCUCUCAAAAGCGGGCGUCAAGAGCAGAGAUCGCGUAAGCGCAACACUAGCACUGGGGGUAGCUGCAAAAUCGCGAAAUCUUCCAGCUGCCAAUAGCCUGCUCAGCCAAGGAACUCUUUGUGAAUUUGAAGACGCAGACAUUCCUGUCCCCGCUGACCUCGACGACCACGAUGGUUACAUAUUCCCACAUCCUUCCGACUCAGGGGAAUUUACACCAGCGCUUGUAAGUGCUGUGUUGAACCGUGAUAUCGAUCUUGCUCGGAUGCUGCUCGCUCACGGAGCGAACCCAGAUAUUGGAUACCAUGGCGUUUUCUCCGGGUUGCGUGGCCCAAUAAGUUUCUCCUGCGGAAGGGUUGUCCAAUUGGCAAUGGAGCUGCGACUGCUUGAAAUGGCGCAGUUGUUGCUUAAGUAUGGUGCAGAUGAAGGGCUUGCGGCGCCGGUUGGGGAGAUGCGAGGGCAUGAAUGUGGAGCUGUUACCAGACCGGUAUAUCAAAGGGUUACGGCGGCCUUGCGAGAUAUCGGAACGACUAUUUCUAGGAAAUUAAUAAGUGGAUGUGCCAGUGAUGUACAGAGUACUGAAUGUUUACGAUCCGGCUAA